AAUGUUCUUGGUUAGGAUUGGCCGACAUUGUUGAAAAGAUAUGCAAAGUUUAGUCUUGUGAUGUGAUAACUCAUACUCCUUUAAUACAGAUUUAGUGCCUUUUGACCCAUUUUGGCAAGUAGGGCUUGCUGAUAAAGAAAUUCUGAGCAUUUUGGCUUUGAUGAUGUUUUCUAAAAUGAUAUUUAAACAUUGUUAUCAUUAAACCAAAUGGUUCUGUAAUAUGGACAUGUAUCCUGAAAGCUAUAGUCUUUUCACUGCCCAUGAAGACUUAAAAUUGAUUCUUUCUCUAAUUCUUUCUUUUCUACUGUGGUACAUUAUACUGUUCUAUUGGCAGGGAUUGUUCUCCAUUUUGAGAGCAAUUCGUGAAACUCGUGCACAAGAUUCCGGAGUUAGACAGAGACCCUUGCUGCUGGCUCCCUACUUCCUCAUCAACUGGAUACGACUCUAUUCCAAGCAUGUCCUCGACAUUUCACAAGACUUCGAGUUCAUCCCCCACAGCGUUUUACUCAAUGCAAACCACACUGCACGGGAAGGCUUGUUACAACAAGUCAAGACAAGGCUUUGCUUGACUGAUCUACAGCUAUGCCAGGUAUUGCACACAAAGUCAUCUGCGGGACUUGUUAUGCAACACAAUGAUGGCUGGAAGUUGGUUUACUCUGGAGAUACCAUGCCAUGUGAGACUCUGGUGAAGGCAGGCAGGAAUUGUGAUAUAUUGAUCCAUGAAGCCACAUUUAACGAUGUCGAAAUUGACCAUGCUUUAAAAAAAGCAUCAUUGUCCACAAUGCCCAAAAGGUAUUCUCAAAAGGAUAUCCUCGAUGCUGUGAGUGCGGUAAGACAGGGGAUGUCGUACCAAAAGCUUCUAGCAAAUUCGGUGUCCCAGUCAUGACCAUCCAAAACCAGAUCAGCGGCAAGGUCGACGAUUUGGCACAAGCUGGGCGACCCACAGUCAUACCAGCCGAAGAUGAGGUGGAGCUAGUUGAAAAAUUUUAACGGGCAGCAAACAUGGUGAAGAUUGGCAGAAUCGUCCGUAAGCUCGGAAUUAAGUCCCCAUUUAGAAAUGGCGUUCCUGGCAAGGAUUGGAUUGCGGGAUUUUUGAAGAGGCACCCAGACGUAAGCCUUAGGACACCACGACGUGCAGAGCAAGGGUGUUAAAUGCAACUGUGACCAAUAAUUAUUUAAAGAUCUUGCUAGGCUGCUUGAGUCUCUCUCUUUACAGGACAAGCCUGUUCGCAUCUGGAACAUUGAUGAAACCAGCGUUCCACUGCAGCACAAGCCUGCUAAGGUGCUUGGGCCGUCCGGUGCGAAAAAUAUUCCCGGAAGGGUUGGGAAUAACCGGGAAAAUGUCUCUGUCCUGGCCUGUGUUAACGCUGCUGGAGGCAAGAUGCCCCCUCUGGUUAUUGUAAAGGGCAAAACGUACAAAAGUUUGUUAUCUUACAAUACUGAGGACGGAAUUCCCGGCAGCGUUUACACAUUCCAGGAACGAGCUUGGAUGGAGGAUAUUUUGGGUGAGAUCUGGUUUAGGGGCCAUUUUCUUAAACACUGUGGUCCAGGGAGGCCCCAGCUCAUAAUUCUGGACUCUCACUCUUCCCACGAGACACUUGGUCUCAUAGACGCUGCUAUAGCUAACGAUGUCCAUCUCUUAGCGUUUCCACCCCACACAACCCAGUGAGUGUGUCCUUUGGACAAGUCCAUAUUCGGUCCACUUUCUCUAGAGGACUCAAUAAUCUGUACCAAAUUCAUGGCACUUAGUCCAAACAAUAUUGUUAACAAAUGGGAGUGGCCUCGGCUGUUCAGGCAAGCUCAUGACGAAUCCUUUAGCGUUGCUAAAAUUGUAAGCGGGUUUCGCAAAUGCGGUAUAUACCCUGUGGACCGAAAUGCCAUUCCAAAGACAGCUCUUGCGCCCUCGGUCCCUUUCGAUGUUCAACCAACCACGCAUAACAUCACAACACCAUCCGGUGUCGAUAAUGUUGUUGCUUGGCAGCCAGAUCCACGGGACCAUCAAACGGAAGUGUUGGAAACUGCCCACGCCGGAACUGCUUCUAAAUGAAGCAGAACUGAUAGAACUGGUUACAUCGGGACAGUAUCCCUGUACUGUUGAUCCCGUAACAGGGAAUCUGGAAGUCAGUCUGCAGUUGUUCAAUGGUCAGUCCGUCCAACAAAGCGAGGAGCGAAGACCCUCCGUAAAUGACUGGUCAGUUGUGGUUGACCAGGAAUUCGCGCUGCCGACAUCUGAAAGAACAUUGGAGAAACCCAAUGCCAGGAAGUUGACUUCCCAUAGAAUUUUAACUUACGAGGAAAUAGUUGAAAAGAAACAAGGAGAAAAAAGAAAGGCUCGAACAAGAAAAAGAAAAUCGGAAAUUGGCUAGGUCUUCUAAAAAAAGCGAAUAAAUAUCUAUAUUUUCAAUAUUUGUUGAAAUAACGGUUAGUUUAGUACAAUGUUUGUGUCUAACAUUAUAGACUGUACCAUAUUAAACUUAUGGUUAUACAAGGUUUCUUAAAUUAACUAAGUGUUUCUUUACUAUCAUAUAUAUUGUCAUUGAUUAACAUUGCGGUUAUUAACAGAUACUGAGUCUUCACUGUCACUCUCUAGCACAAAAAACAAACUAACUAAAACAGCAACAAAAAGAAGAUUAAACAACAAUUACAAAUACAAAUAUGAAUUCGUUAUAAACUUUUAGUGUCGCUUACACGUACAUUAUGAAUUAGAUAUAAAUUACGGAAUCAAAUUUCUUAUAUUAAAAAAAUACGAAUUCAACAUGAUUUUACAUGAAAAUAUUUUAAUCUAUAACAAAUUUAAUUUCAUAUUGAGUUUCUAAAAAUUAAAAGAGUAAUUAAAUCCAAUAUAAUUCUAUACAUAGAUGGUGACGUCACUACGUUAUUGUCACCUCUAUACUAAGACGCAUCGCAUUUCCCUGGUUUGGGGAAUUAUGCUUCCGCCAAAGAAGUUCUGCGCAGGAAUAAAAUGUUAAUAAUGAAAGAAAAAUCGUUUUUAUUGUGUGUUUAAAACGGAAUGUUGUUUAGAGAAAUGUUAUUUAAGUAUUUUUAAAUGUGAUUUUGAAUAUCUAUUAAGACUGAUAGCGACUAUCAGGACUGAUAGCGAUUAUCAGAAGCACGAUUACCUGACCUACUUUCGCUUUCACUUUUCACUCGUUAAAGAAGUGCUACCCACAAUUCCUUUCGCAUUAAUACACAGGUAAGUAAGACCGGUGUGUACACAAUGAUCCAAUAUAGUCAUCGAUAUUUCUAUCACAAACCCGUCGAAGUUGACCUUGGCAUACUUUUUUUUGCGUGUACGGAAUUACUCACACACUGUACGAAAUUAGACUCAGGUAGGUUAAUGUACAUGACAACACUUUCUGAAGUAUCCAAUCAAAACUCGCGAUAUAAAAAGCAAGCAAAAUAUAGCCCAAUGGUCCCGGCAUCCACUCCAGUUUUCAUUUCUCGGUAGAAAACAGCCGAUAACCGUCCAUAUUGAUUCUUGUCCGAAUACGUACGGAAUUAACCGCAUCGACUCUAGCUGUCACGCGCGGCGGAGGAUGGUCGUAUUACUCGGAAUCAACUAUAAAGUAAUCGUUUUUAGUCAAAUCGAAUCAGAUUCAACAAAACAAACAAUUUGAUACCAAGAUGUUAUAUAUUUUAAAGACAAAAUGCAACACAAAGAGCAAAAAACAACAACAUUAUUUACUAAUAUUAAGUGCGCGUACUCAUGACAUCAUUAUUAACACGUCAAACGACAAAAGUCAUACUCUUAACCGCUAAAGCUGCCGUUGUUUAGUGUUUUUAUUUUCAUUUCUUUAAAAUCGGGGACGUAAGUACAUGCGUAAGAACAUGUGUAUGAUAAACAGAAAAACAGUCAAAAGUUAAACAUGAAAAUACGUUGAGCGUCAGCUUUGAAUGCAUGCUUGGCGUUAGGCAGGGUGAGUGUUUAUCGCCAUUUUUGUUUUCAAUGUAUCUUAAUGAUUAAGAAGCUGAUUUUUUCUUGAAAGGCAUUAAUGGUAUUGAUGUUAACUCUUUUUUAAAAUGUUUCUCUUACUGUACGCCGAUGAUAUGAUAAUUUUUGCUAAUACCGCCGAAGUAUUGCAAAACGGCUUAGAUCUAUUGCACGAUAAUGAUGUGUUUUAUUUUACCGCAUAUAUCUGGUUGCAACUUUUAUUGUAUUUAUUAUGUACUGCAUGAUUAAAUAAGAUAUGUUUAUAUCUUAUUAUUGAAUUUCUAACAGCUGCUGAAAAUAAAACGUGGACCGUGUUGAUCUAUGUAUGUGUUAAAUAGUCGUUUUAAAUGUACUGCCAAUACUGUAUUCGGAUGUCUUAUUAAUUGUCAUUAAUAUAUGUUCAAUGAAUGUAUCGUGCCUGCUCCUUAAUGUCUUUUCCGACAAUAUGACUGUAUUUUACGAAUUGAAAUGUAUUGAAUAACAUCUAUAUUGUCAGAUUUAACCAAUGUACUCAUAAUAACCGCUAUACUUUAUCUAUGUUAUUACUUGGCCUUUUUUUAAUUAUUAUAAUUUAUAACAAACGUCAUAAUUUCAAUACAAUUUGUUUUGCGUGUUUGUUUGUGUACAUACAUCGUUUCAUACUAUGAUCUGAGCCUUUUGGCUUCUUAUAUUUUCGUUUCGUAUAGGUAGAAAGAAAGAGCAAAUGAUUAUGCUAGUGUUACAUACAUGCAUUUUAGUGCAGCUAACUGUUAGAUAGCUUAAUAUAAGAAGAUAAUUCCAUUACUUUCACAUAUGGUUCUAUGACCAUCAAACAUGUACAUACCGCUAUACUAAUAUCAUGAGCAUGGACCUCGUGAAACAAAUUUUGUUACUUUGGAUUAGUACAAAGUAUUAUUAUUAUUACAAUUGCCAUACGCAAACCUAAUACAUGUAAACUACAGUAUAUUUGAUAUGUUGAUGGUAUAAAUUAGCCCAAUUACAAUUUAACGUUAUUAUACAUAUUUAAUUACAUAUAUACUAUAGAUAGCUCAUAAUAUAAAUGUCAAAUAUUUAAUAAUACAUGCAUGCAUUUUUACAACUUAUUAUCACUUUGUAUAAUCAUUAAUUAUUGACUUUGUCAACAUUGUAUGCUGACUUUGCUCACUUGGGCUUUUGGC